CAUUUAUAGCAAGUAUAUUUCUAGACUAUCACCCUUACAAAGCAAAUAAUGAAGGAUAUGUCGGGUGAUGGUUGAGACGUCUAUUUUUCCCGUCCUUAAAUACUGAUCUCUUUAAGCAAAAACCCAGUUUCCAUUUCUGCAAUUCUUCCUUCCCGUUGCCAAUUGCAACCCCAAAAGAAAAACUCAAAGUCAAGAACUAGCUAACAGAAAAAACCACAAUUCAUCAAUUUGGAGGGGUUUUUGCCAUUUUUCAUCCUUGCAACAAUGGAGUUCCCAAAUCAAGCACCCGAGAGCUCCUCCCAGAAAAAAUUGGGAAGGGGCAAAAUUGAGAUUAAGCGGAUCGAAAACACUACAAAUCGACAAGUUACCUUCUGCAAACGCCGCAACGGAUUGCUUAAGAAAGCCUAUGAAUUGUCUGUUCUUUGUGAUGCUGAAGUUGCUCUUAUCGUGUUCUCCAACCGUGGCCGCCUCUAUGAGUAUGCUAACAACAGCAGUGUUAGAGCAACAAUCGACAGGUACAAAAAAGCAUGCGCUGAUCCUACGAACAGUGGAUCUGUUUCAGAAGCCAACACUCAGUUUUAUCAGCAGGAAGCAUCCAAACUGCGAAGACAGAUCCGAGAAAUUCAGAAUUCAAACAGGCAUAUACUGGGUGAAGCUCUUAGCUCCUUGAACGCCAAGGAACUGAAGAACCUAGAAGGAAGAUUGGAGAAAGGAAUCAGCAGAAUAAGAUCCAAAAAGAAUGAAAUGCUGUUUUCUGAAAUCGAAUUCAUGCAAAAAAGGGAGACCGAGCUGCAACACCACAACAAUUUUCUGAGAGCAAAGAUAGCUGAAAACGAGAGGGAAGAGCAGCAGCAUACACACAUGAUGCCGGGAACUUCCUACGAUCAGUCAAUGCCUUCGCAUUCUUAUGACAGGAACUUCCUCCCAGCGGUGAUCUUGGAGUCCAACAAUAACCAUUACCCUCACCAAGUCCAGACAGCUCUCCAACUUGUUUGAAAUGCUGGACUGCCGUCUGAUGUUCUUCUAUCCAUAUCAUCUGAUCUGUUUUCUUAAAUCUAUGAGAUAAUUGGUUGUAGUUUUUAUGUAUAUGGGAGAACCAGUUUGUUGUUCAUGUUCUCUAUAAUAUCAGAAUUUUCUGUAUUAACUAGCUACUCUUUCAACUAUGAUGACAAGUAAAUUUGAUUUCUCAACCUAAUUAAAGUUUCCAUCUCUAUCA